AUGGUUGCGGACAUUGAAAAGGCGUUUCUUCAAGUUGGUCUUCAAGACUCAGAACGCGAUGUAACCAGACUCUUUUGGAUUAAGGACACAAAAAGACCAUCGCCGUUUCCAAAUAACAACAAAAUUUAUCGUUUCUGUAGAGUACCGUUUGGUAUUAUUUCAAGCCCUUUUCUUCUGAGUGCAACGAUUGAGGCUCAUUUGAAUACUUAUGGCACUAAUCUAUCAGAACAGAUGAGACGUGACAUUUAUGUGGACAAUAUUAUAACCGGAGCUUCUAGCGAUGAACAAGCUAUAAACGUGUAUAAAGAAGCAAAAAAAGACACCUCAAUGAAUCUUCGGGAGUGGAGUUCAAGUAGUAAACAAGUAAACAGUCUUAUUCCAGACGUUGACAGAUCACUGAAACUGAAACAAAGGUUCUUGGAUAUGUUUGGGACAUAA